AUGAAAGUUCAUAUUAUUUCAGUCCCAUUAAAAGCAGCAGAAAAUAGUUGUGGGCGCUCUCUAAACAAGCGCUACUGCCCCGCAGACCAUUUACGAUCAGACGCGAUCGACGUGAAGACUAUUAAGCAUGAGAAGAGAAUAAAGAAACCAACAUUUCAUUCUACUGAAGCACAAAAGCCUUGGACAGAUUACAGUUUCGAAUUUGGUUUCGUGUGGCGAAUGGAAAUUAAAGCACUUUUCGAGAAGAUCUUCUCCAAAAAAAUUACAUUAACUAAAAUUCCAAAAAAAUCCGUGUCGUUCUUUUUUCGCAGUACAAUUUGGGAAGUUGAACGAAAGAUGAAAGAAGAAGAGUUGAAAACAACUAAAAGUUUGACAAUGUCGAGUAAGAGUUUAAUUAGUAUGCAAGCUGUAUUGACGACAAAGGUGGACUUUGAUCAGAUUAUGACCUCGAGUUUCGUUUGA